AUGGAACGAUGGGAGAAUGGGCGUUGGCUGGCUGGCUGGCUGGUUGGUUGGUUGGCUGGCUGGGUGCGGUUAGUGUGGAGCGUCUCUCCAUUGCCUUAUUUUCUUUCUUCAUUGCUUAAUUUUCGUUUGUUCGUUCGUUCGCUCGUUCUUUCUUUCUUUCUUUCUUUCUUUGAUUUUAAUUCUCUCUUCAUUGCUUCAUUUUUUCUUUCUUUGUUUUUCUUUCUUUCUUUCUUUCUUUCUUUCUUUCUUUCUUUCUUUCUUUCUUUCCUUUUCUUUCUUUCUUUGAUUUUUAACCUCUCUUCAUUGCUUCAUUUUUCUUUUCUUUCUUUCUUUCUUUCUUUCUUUCUUUCUUUUUUUCUUUCUUUGAUUUUAAUUCUCUCUUCAUUGCUUCAUUUUUUCUUUAAUUCUUUCUUUCUUUCUUUCCUUUUCUUUCUUUCUUUCUUUGAUUUUUAA